AAAACUACUCCCCUUCAUAUCUUUGAGUUCAUCACAAACCACACUCCUCUGUUCAUCUCUCAAUCUCUCUCUAAAUUUCUUCAAAAUCUUUUUUUGAGCUUUCCGAUUGUUCCUUUUGGAGAUCGUUGGGAGAAAACCAGCCGUCUCCGGUCAUCGGAAACCGUUUUUUCUUCUCGGGAAGUCUUUUUCAGAGCCCUAAUUUCUCUUUUGCGGCUUUGAUUGUUUUGUUUCUUGGAACCGAUUGGUGUUUCCGACGGAAGUUCGGAUCUUUUGUGGUUAUUUGUUGGGUUUCAAUCUGGGUCCGGUGGGUUUCUUCGUGGGUUGGUCGUCUCGGGUCGGGUUGGGUUGUAUUCGAUUGAGGAGUUUGAUUUCUUUGAUGAAUCGUUUAGAUCCGGAAAUGGGUCUGUGAUUUUUCGUGUAUAUUCAUUUGAUUGAGGCGUCGGUAAAGGAAACUGUGGAGAAAACUUCGAAGAAUUUGAAGAAUUUACGAUGGUGUGUGAAAGCAUGGCUGAGGAUCGAAGUGAAGAAGGCUCCGACUCAAACACCAAUAAAAACGACCAAUUCACAUCACAAGAUGACUACGCUCCUAAGGUCAGAAAACCCUACACAAUCACAAAACAAAGAGAAAGAUGGACUGAAGAAGAACACAAAAAGUUUCUAGAAGCUUUAAAGCUAUACGGACGUGCUUGGAGACGAAUUGAAGAACAUGUGGGCACCAAAACUGCAGUUCAAAUUAGAAGCCAUGCCCAAAAAUUUUUCUCUAAGGUUGUUCGUGAGUCAACCGGUGAUGUGAGUGAAGUCAAACCGAUUGAAAUCCCUCCACCUCGUCCAAAAAGGAAGCCGAUGCAUCCAUACCCUCGUAAGCUUUCUGCCCCAAUUAAAACGGGUGGGCAUGGUCAACAUGCCCGGUCAACAUCCCCAAAUUCAUCCGGGUCGGAUCAGGAAAAUCAGUCUCCAACUUCGGUUUUGUCAGCGGGCGGGUCGAAUUUAUUUGGGUUGGGUGAUUCGGGUUCUCCAAAUACCGAAUCUUCACCUGAAGAAAAUGAAUCUUCUCCACCAAUGAAAAUGGAGUCAUGUAGUGAAGAAAAAGAUUUCGGGUCGACUCAAAGUUUGAAGCUUUUUGGGAAGACAGUUGUGAUUACAGAUUCGAAUCAAAAUGAGGAAAAGAACACAACAAUGCCGAUUAAUUCUUUACCAUGUGGGGCCCCUGUUUACUACAUGCAAUUUCUUGAUGAGAAUAUGGAGUCGACAGUUGUGAGAUCUUCACCUUCUGUUACGCCUUGGUGGGGUGUGUAUGGACACGUGUCCUCCUACCCUUUAGGUCAACAACUGUGUAAUCCGGUCAACAUGGAGGGUUGUAGUGAUAGCGAAAGUGUUGGAGGGAAAGAUGAAGAAGAGGAUGAUUAUGAGAACGAAAAGAAGAAGAAAAAGCCUUUUUUGUUGAUUGGAAGUGAAAGAUCGGCUUUCACAAAGCAACAUAGCAAGAAAAAGGACACGUGUAUGAAAGGGUUUGUACCAUAUAAACGAUGUGUUGAAGAGAGGGAAGAACAGAGAAUAAGACUUUGCUUGUAGUCUUUUGGGCUAUUAUUGGGUUAAUGGGUUAAUGGGUCGGGUUUUUUUUCAAAUGAGAUGAAAUGAUAUCUCUUUGUUUGGGAUAAGUUAACGUGGAUGGUGCACAGGGGUUGUUUGAGAUGAGAAAUGUAUAAAGGGAAGGAGAAAUGCACCUUUUUUUGGUUUAUGGGUUCUUGUUAAUUUUUGGUAAUUAAAUGAAUUUGUAACUGACUUGUGUUUGUAGUUGUAGUUGUUUAGCUUGGGUUUUAUGCUAUUUUUUAUUGUGUUCA